CUGCAACGGUAAGAAAAACAAGGCCUUAUGGGCAAGUCUUUAUAACGCAGGCCCCUUACCAGCUUUUGUUUCCAUCUUCUCUCUCUCCUUUCCCUACUUUCUUUCUCUGCGGAGAUCUUCUUCUUUCUUUGGUGCUUGUGCAUCUAAAUCUCUAUCCCUUUCACUUUCACUGCUUAUAUAUAUACAUAUAUAUAUAUACAUACAGGGCAACAGAAACAGUGAGGCUGAUCAUCUUGUUUUCUGAUUUGUUUGUUUUCAUUCUUCUCUCAUGGAGUUUGGGAGAUUUGCUUGGCUUGUGUUGCUGGUUUGCUUUGGCUUGUGUUUCUCUUCCACACAAGGAAACAGAUUCUAUGUUGGUGGGAAAGAUGGGUGGGUCUUGAACCCCUCUGAUAACUACAUCCACUGGUCUGGGAGGAACAGGUUCCAGGUCAAUGACACUCUAUAUUUCAAGUACAAGAAAGGAACAGACUCAGUGCUUGUGGUGAACAAGGAUGACUUCUUCAAGUGCAACACCAAGAACCCAAUUCAGAAGCUAGAUGGUGGUGACUCAGAGUUCACUUUGGAUAGGUCUGGGCCAUUCUACUUCAUCAGUGGGCAAAAUGGUAAUUGUGACAAGGGCCAGAAACUCUUCAUAGUUGUCUUGGCUGUUAGGCAUCACAACAAACCAAACCCUCCUGUUGCUCCCACAACUCCCCCUAGCACCAGCCCUACCUCCCCAUCCCCCAAAUCUCCAUCUCCUCAGUACCCUCAUCACCCUCCUGGGACCUCACCAUCACCAGCAUCAGUGGCUAACCCUCCAGCCACCUCACCAUCACCAGUAGUGGCUAGCCCUCCUGCCACCUCCCCAUCACCAGUGGGCUACCCUCCUGCCACCUCCCCAUCGCCAGUGGGCUACCCUCCUGCCACCUCACCAUCACCAGUGGGCUACCCUCCUGCCACCUCACCAUCACCAGUGGGAUACACUCCUGCCACCUCACCAUCCCCAUCAACAACAACAUCUCCAGCGCUAGCGCCAGGUCCAUCUUCAUCCCUUACACCAUUUCCUUCUCCACCCUCACCGCCCCCCGAGGGGCCCACACCGCCCUCCGAGGGGCCCACACCGGCCCCGUCCGCAGAGUCUGCGGGCCCCACACCACCGGGAACCGUUUCUCCGCCGCCCGGGACAGCGGACUCGACGGCUCCGAGACCGGCGGGGAGUGGAGCGUCGCAUAGUGUAACGGCUCCUUCGAGCGUGCUGGUGUCUUCCGUUGUUUUUAUCAGUGUGGCUCUGAUGAACAGCUUUGUGCAGGGUGGUGCUGUUUGAAAUAAUAAUGGAAUAAAUUGUGGGGUGUCUUUUUUAUUUUUUUAUAAUGAUUUUAUUAGGAUUUCUUAGUUUUUUUUAAUUAUCUUAUUUUAGAUUUUAUUACAUACCUUAGAACUUGAGAGGAAUUUGUUUCAGGUUUAUUUUUAUUUAUUUAUUCUAGUUCAAUAAAAUCGUAAUAAUAAAUUGUUAUCUGAGAUAUAAUUUUGUUUUUA